AUGACAGAAUCUAUUUAAUUUCGUGGUCCAUUGGAAGUGGAGGGACCAGGUAUUCAUUCCAUAAAUUUAGAUGACUUAGAUGAUGAUGACAACUACAUGAGACCAGGCAUAGAAACAACAGGAUUACAAAAUCGUAAACAAAAAGAUUAGCCAAAAAAAAGGUCUCUAUAAUUUGCAGUCAUUUGUUUCUUUGCAGGCCUGUUGUACUUCUACUUUACAUACGAAUAACCUAUUACCCUCCAAACAGAAUUCGCUACCAAAACCACAUUUGGUUGUAAUAGACAACAUCAUUGGACCAAAAAAGGAUGCGAACUCAAUCCCAUUGGGUGCAAUUUAAGUGUUGAACAAGCAUCAUCUUGUGUAGUUUGUGAGCCAACUCAUCAUCUUUCACUUUAAGGAAUUUGUAUUGAGGAAUGCAAAGAAUCAAAUGGCUAAUUUUGUACAUCCAAGAACAACACCAAGAUCUCAAAUAUCUAUAAACCAAAAACCAACUCGUAUUCUUACUUUGAAAUACCUUACAUCCUGAUUCAUCAUUAAGACUCUGCUGGAUUGCUUUAUGUCUCCGAUGUUGAACUAUUUCAAUUAGAACCAUUCCUAUCCCUUAACUACACUGUAGUCAAAUUCGAAGACUACUUCUUAUUAAACAAUGAGGAAUUACAUCCAGCUUUUAAGCAGUUUUAAAACUUCAUUGAGAAGACCUUACUCAAUGGCUUAUCUAUCAACAAAACCUAUGUUGCCUAUAAGGACAAGUCUCAAGGUCUGCUCUCGUAUUUGAAUUCCCAAAAUAUAACAGACCACAUAUUCUUGGUUCAACCAACUGUUUUGGAAGCAAACUAAUUUUAUGAUGAAAUCUAUGAUGUUUAAUCAUAUGAUCAACUAAUUGCUAAUAGAACUUUUAAUGUCACUGUGCUUCAUACAGGAAGUGUUCCUGACGAAUUAAAAUGCAAGAAAAAUAGAUUAAUGCCUGAAUUAGAUAAUUUAGAUGAGAAGGACAACUCAAAUGAAAGUGAAACUACAAUAGAAGAAGAAGUCGACUGUUUUAAGAUAGAAGAAUCAUAAAUCAUUGAAAAAAUUGUACAUCCUAAUUGA